AACACGUUGUUUACAAGAAGCGUCGAUGUGUUUCAAAAUGUGUGCAUGUCAUCAAUUUGAUAAGAAAUAAUUUCAAGGUCUUUCGUUUUCCCUAUAUAAGCAACAGGGGUACAUAUAUAUGUUUAUCAUUAGAUCUGCAAUUUUAAGAUAAUAUUUUGCUGCGAGAUUAUUUUAUUGUACGGAUAUUACAGUUAUUAUACUUUUACAUUAAAUAACUGUUAAAGGUAAUGUUUUACCGAAUGUAUUACGUGUUUCUAAUAUAUGGAAGUGUAAGUCUUAUUGUGGCCGGUGAUUUAGGGAGUGAUAUUCGCCGAACAUUUGCCAAACAAUUUCUCAACACCUUUGGAAAUGGGGCACAAAUAACAGUUGAUAAUGUCACAAAGGUGUAUACACAACACUCCUUUCAAUGGCCAACGCAAAGUACACUGGAAUCGUGUUUUAAUAAAAAGGGUAACGGAAUGGAUACCAUUAAAGAAAGUUGUCUGCUUGAAAAGUGUUUGUCCCCAGCCGAUGUUUAUCAGCUGUCAGGCUUAUCGGAAGGCACGACGACCUUGAACGUAUCAACCCUUACUAUGAUAUUGCUACAUACAUUAAAAAGCAAAACCUGCUAUGACGAACAACCGCCAACAGCACUGAAGCACUCGCAGGUCGAUCAUCACGAUGAACUUCAUGAGUAUGUACCAGUCACAAAAGCAGAAACCUGGGGAUUUGGUAUACUGUGUACAACCAUCAUAGUUUUGGCGGCACUAGGUGGACUGUUAGCUCUACCAUUUGCCCAUGGCGCUAACUACCAAAGACUUCUGAUAUAUAUGGUUGGGCUGGCUGUCGGAACUCUCGCUGGAAGCAGUAUCUUAUUCUUAAUGCCAGAGGCUUUAGAUUUGCACGAGGAAGAUCUUGGCGCGAACAACCCCCUUUGGAAAUCUCUGGUGGUCAUAGGUGCAAUAUAUAUAUUCUUCCUCGUCGAGAGAAUUCUUAAGAUGAUCACACACUGGAGAGAGAGUCAUAAACGUCAUAAAGAGCUGCAUGAUGAAAUCCAAGGAGGACGUUUCGCCAAACUGAAACCAGAAGCCAGACUUCGUGAUCCUAGAUUUACUGAUCUUAAUACAAUAUCACAAAUUCCGAUCAGUACAGAAAAUGUAUCAAAAGACUCAGGUUUAGACACUGUAUCCGGUCAUGAAACAGUCAACGAUUCUAAUACACAGCAGGUAAACUCAGUAUCAUCAAACACCGAUAUUGAAGGCGGAAAUGACGUCAAACGUGUUGCACCUGUAGCAUGGAUGAUAAUCUUUGGCGAUGCCUUACAUAAUUUUGUUGAUGGUGUAUCAAUAGGGGCAACAUUUACCGACAGUGUUCUUGGUGGAGUGUCAGUGUCAGUAGCUGUAUUUUGUGAAGAAUUGCCGCAUGAAUUAGGUGAUUUUGCUGUUCUCCUGAACGCCGGUAUGUCGACGAAACGGGCAGCAAUAUGCAAUUUCCUGUCUGCCUGUACCAUAUAUAUUGGGUUGAUAGUUGGAGUCUUUCUUGGUGAAAAUAUGGCGGCCAAUACUUGGAUAUAUGCCUUUGCCGCUGGAAUGUUUCUGUACAUAGCACUUGUUGAUAUGAUGCCAGAGAUGUAUGCGGCUGGUGAAAAAGAAGUAAACAAGAAGCUUGUUGGCACAGGGUAUAUAUUCCUAUUGCAAAACCUAGGAAUUCUUAGUGGAUUUGGUAUCAUGCUCAUUUUAGCAAUCUAUGGCGGACACCUACAGUUAGCAAUUACUGGAGAAGAAUAGUGUGAGAACUGUUUAAACACUGGACUAUCACUGAACCAUUUAGAAGUGAUAUUUUACAUUAUUUAUUGUGAAUGUUUCUAUUUUUUUAAAUAAAAGUAUAUUUACUAAUGAA